ACAAAAAGCACGCGAUAUAUAGUUAUUAAACAAUACGAUGUCUAUCAGACAAAAAGCACGCGAUAUAUAGUUAUUAAACAAUACGAUGUCUAUCAGACAAAAAGCACGCGAUAUAUAGUUAUUAAACAAUACGAUGUCUAUCAGACAAAAAGCACGCGAUAUAUAGUUAUUAAACAAUACGAUGUCUAUCAGACAAAAAGCACGCGAUAUAUAGUUAUUAAACAAUACGAUGUCUAUCAGACAAAAAGCACGCGAUAUAUAGUUAUUAAACAAUACGAUGUCUAUCAGACAAAAAGCACGCGAUAUAUAGUUAUUAAACAAUACGAUGUCUAUCAGACAAAAAGCACGCGAUAUAUAGUUAUUAAACAAUACGAUGUCUAUCAGACAAAAAGCACGCGAUAUAUAGUUAUUAAACAAUACGAUGUCUAUCAGACAAAAAGCACGCGAUAUAUAGUUAUUAAACAAUACGAUGUCUAUCAGACAAAAAGCACGCGAUAUAUAGUUAUUAAACAAUACGAUGUCUAUCAGACAAAAAGCACGCGAUAUAUAGUUAUUAAACAAUACGAUGUCUAUCAGACAAAAAGCACGCGAUAUAUAGUUAUUAAACAAUACGAUGUCUAUCAGACAAAAGCACGCGAUAUAUAG